AUGCCGUGGGCUGCCCUUAUGUAUGCAAUGGUAUGCACAUGUCCAGACAUAGCUCAAGCAAUCAGUGUCGUUUCCAGAUACAUGGCAAAUCCAGGAAAGCAACAUUGGGAUGCAGUCAAGUGGAUUUUGUGUUAUUUGAAGGGUUCUUGGCGACAAAGGAUUAUGUUUGAGAAGCAAAAAGAAAAUGCAAGGGUGUUGGGAUAUGUGGAUGCUGAUUAUGCAGGGGACUUGGACAAGAGAAGGUCAACUUCUGGUUAUGUGUUUACAUGCGCAGGAGGACCGAUCAGUUGGAGGGCACUACUGCAACCAAUUACAGCUUUGUCGACCACAGAGGCAGAGUAUAUUGCAUUGGCCGAAGCUGGAAAGGAAGCAAUUUGGCUUUAA